AUUCCGAUUAUAUCAUUGCGCAAACCUAUCUGGUGCUAAAUAAAGAAAAAACCCAAAACGAAUUUACUCUAUUUUGGUUUGCUUCAUUUACUCCCACAAUACCUCGCUGGAAAAUUGCACUGAAGAUUCCCUGUGGGCAUAUGAACAUGAAUGUUAUAUUAUUUCCCACUCUCUCUCUCCUCUUUACAGGGUAAUAGAGAUCUUCAACACUUUCACCUUUCCACUUCCAAUCAUUUCCCCUCCAAAAUCAUCCUCAAACCGCUUUGAAUGAAGUAAAAACUAAGGGGUUACUCACUGCUCAAUGUAUUUUGGCGGAAAGCAGCUGAUUUCAAGCACAUUUUGUGUUUUUCAUGUAAUCUGAGUUAGAUCUUCAUGGUAUGAUAUUGGAUGAGUUGGGCAAAUUUGAAGUGAUAAAUUGGAAAUUUAUGCUCCCAAAAGUUUGGAAAUGGGGUUUGGGCAUGGUUUAUGCUGCUGUGGUUUCGAAAAGUAUGCGAGAAGUUAGUGUUUGAUGUAAAUUGUAGAUUGAUUGCUGCAUUGGGGUUGUAGUUUUACUGAUAUUGUUUGAAGAAGAAGUGUUGGAGUGAGAAUCUGAUUGUCUUCCUUUGAAAAAUCAAGUGUUUCUAAAAUUGGAUUUUUAGGGAUAAAUACGAAGUAUCUGCCUGUGUGUUGAGGGUGACUAGAUUAGUUUAAAUGGCUUCAAUUAGAAGAACACUUUCUCCAGUUCCACGACCAGGUUCGAGAUCAAAUGGUGAAGCCUGCUCGGUGGCUUCUCCGUUAUCCAAAUCAUCCUCAGCUGAGAAGAACCCUCUACAGCCUAGUGGAUUAUCGUAUUCGUCUUAUAACUCGUUGGAGUAUGCGUUGUAUAGGGUGCAUAAUUUUGUUCUUGGUUUGUUCUCACAUAGAUCAUCGCGUUCCCUAGAUAGAUCGAAAUCGAAAGGGCAUGUAUGGAGGAGGGCUAUCCUGCAUUUUUCAGUCUUCUUUUUGGUUGGUGUCUUCAUUGGAUUGACUCCUUUUGGUACAUCGAAUUUUCCGGGAAGAAUUAUGCCCCAGCACCAGACUCUCUUCUUUGACAUGAUCCCUUCUGCAGUUAGAUAUCAUUCUGUAAGUGCAAGAAAUGUUUCUUCUAUAGAUGAGACCCGACUGGAAAAUCGUACAUCCAUAGGUGGGACACAGGAUAUUGAGAAUGCUACCUCGCACGAGCAACAUCAAGAGUCAAAAGUGCAGAUGGAAAGGAUGGCAAGUGAAACACUUACUGUUAAACCAGACAUUGAGAAUCCACCAUUGGAAGUUCGCAAACUCUUGAUAGUUGUCACCCCUACAUAUCCUCGGCCAUUCCAAGCUUACUAUCUGAAUCGGUUGGCACAAACAUUGAAACUUGUUCCACCACCUUUGGUAUGGAUUGUCAUUGAGAUGAAUUCUCAAUCUGCAGAAACAACUCAGAUUUUGAGGAAGACCGGACUUAUGUACAGACAUCUGGUUUGCAAUAAGAACAUAACAGAUGUGAGGGACAGAUAUGUUCACCAGAGAAAUGUGGCUUUGGCACACAUUGAAACACAUCGCCUUGAUGGAAUUGUCUAUUUUGCAGAUGAUGUCAAUGUCUACUCUUUAGAUCUUUUUGCAGAGUUGAGGCAGAUAAGGAGAUUUGGGACUUGGAAAUUGGCCAAACUUUCAGUGAUUCGUGGUGCAACUUUUCAUGAUGGUCCUGUAUGUAAUGGGAGUCAAAUUAUUGGUUGGAAGACUGAUGAAAUGACUCGAAGAUUUCAUGCUGAUAGUUCUGGAUUUGCUUUCAAUAGUACCAUACUAUGGGAUCCAAAGAGAUGGCAUCGUCCUAUCCUUGAGCCUAUACGGCAGCUUGACACAGUGGAAGAGAAAUUCCAAGUGAGCACAUUUAUUGAGCAAGUUGUCGAAGAUGAAAGCCAAAUGGAAGGGUUGCUAGGGAAUUGCUUGAGCAUCAUGGUAUGGCGCCUUCCACUUGAAUCAUUUUCCUCAUCUUACCCUCACCAGUGGGUCAUAAGCAGGAAUGUGGAGAAGCAAUUAACAACUAAAUAGUCUGAUUGAUCUAAAGUGAGAAG